AUGAGCGAGAAGGGGAAGAUCAUGGGCAAUAGCCGGGUCAACCGCUGUUAUUUGACGUCUACUUCCUCCACGGGUGAAGUCAUUGUGAUGCACCGGACACCCACCCCACGACGACGCAUCACGGGAUUUGAGUUGCUGGCGAGGCCAAUCGACGAGUCCACGGGCCGUCCCAGCUCAAGCAAGCAGCAGCACGGCGCGUAUGUAGCCUUGGGGCGCCGGGCGAUCGCACAGCAUAACCGGUGGGUCGGGCAAAGGGGCGUUGAGGAUGGCUAUUUGCAUCGCUUGAAGGGUCGCGGGCUGCUCAUCUUCUCGCCGUCCCACAAAGACCAGGGCGCUUGCGAGAGGGAGGAGGCGAACCGCGCGAACCUUCAAAUCCAAACCCCAGAGGAGCGCCUUCGCACCGCAGCAGCAGCAAAGCAGCACACACAGGCACAACAAAAAGAGAGCUACUGUAACAGGGAGGCACAGCUCAAGAGAGAUUGUGCAUCCCCCACCACCCCACCCCUCAAGCCCAAGUCCAUCUCGCCCCGGAGGGACAGGAGGGAGCACAGGACCGCUCGCUUCCUCUCCUCUCUCCAAAGUCCCGCCCAACACGAAAAUCAGGACCGGGAAGGGGGAGGAUCGGCGGCAAGCAGCGUACAAAGGGUCGUGGCCAUGUACCAGUGUACCGUAGAGCCCCGGCCCACUGCUGCCGCGGCGCGCACAGCAGCUCCGUUUUCCUGCCCUGCCUUCCCGUUAUGCGCAUCAUACGUGCAUCCGCAGGAUGGCAAGCACAACACGGACGGUGCAGCGGCGGCGGCAGCAGCAGCAGGCAGCGGGCAUAAGCACAAGGGAGCUUUUCCAGGCCGCGGCGCCGGAGACGCCCGUUUCGUCAGCACCUUGUGA